CAGAACAGUAAACUUAGAAAAUCACGCAAAAUCAUUAGACAAAGCAAAAAAAAGAAUAUGAGACUGUUGCUGCUACUGAUCGUCACAGCUGCCUGCCUGUGCCACAUUAAAGCUGCUGUUUUGCGAAAGUACUCAUAUCAAGACAUUGUAGAAGCUCCACUCGAUGAAGAGCCCAUCGACUACUUCAAUAGCAGCGACAAUUACGAGGCAACUUUAGCCGCCGCCGCUGAGUACUUUAAAGCGCCAGAAGCAGACAAACAGCAAAGGCAGUUCGCUGCAGCUUUGGCGUAUUUCAAAGCGCCUCAGUCACGGCAAGGGUUUUCCGAAAUUGAGGCUGCACGUGCGGCAGCUGCCGAAUAUUUUAAAGCGCCGAAAAUUUAUAGAAACGCUGCGAACGAUGGAACCGCCUACGAGGAUAACUUAGCCGCUGCGGUGCAGUAUUUUAGGGCACCUGUGGGGCUUCAGAACUUAAACGGCCAGGAACUGAAAGCGAAUGUGGCCGCAGCUGGGGAGUAUUCUAAAGUACCUGGGGCAACGAUAGAUUCAUCUAAAUCUGGAAAUGAAGCGAGUCGAGCGGCCGCAGCUGAAUAUUUCAGGCCAUAAAAGGUGCCUUAGAUUAGCCAGUCCGAUGGAGAGUGUCAAAUUCGACUCGAUAGCUGAGUAUUUUCUGGGGUUUUUCUAGCCGAUAAGCUAAUAUGGAGAUUGCGCUUGUAAACCGUAAAUAAAAAGAAUGAAAAAAGUAACGUAAACG